UAGUAGUACAUAAUGUCAUUGUACAUGUAUGCCUUCGUUUUGCGAAUGAUUGAUUGAUGAGAAGUUAGUUAGUUGCUGAGCUGUUUCAGUAACUGAGUUGCUUGCCGACUAGCGUGUGUCUGUGUGUAUCCAAAGGGUAUCAGAUCCAAUAGGAUGGUCCCAGCCGAAAGAGAGGGUCUAUUCAAAUGAUCGCGAAAUUAUUUUGGCACACCUAUGCUCCGUUGCUAUUCUCUACCAGUUUAGUGUAGGGAUCAAGUUAGACAGCUUGAAUGAAACUUGUACACCUCUGCUUGAUGUGCUGGCGAACUAUUCGGCAGGCUAGCCUCGUUGCUAUCCGGUUUAUGCAGGUAUCUCUCCCGGGACGCAUCAUGAAGCUUCCGAACACGGUGUGGAGCAAUGUUGCUUCGAAUUACUUCUGGAGUUCCUGCAGUUAUGCCCUGCUCACCAUCUUUCUGUUCAAUUGGCUUUACGGAGGGUAUCUGAUGUUUUUCUUUCUUCUCCUCACCAUUGCUGGUGUGGUAUAUGAAGUCCAAGACAUGCUUCUCUAUCACCCAGACCAUCCAGAACGGUCCCGCUUAUUAGUGAGAACGCCUGCAGCUUGCGCUCUGCCAUACGAAAACAUUCAGCUGGUAACAGAGGAUGGUGUUCGGCUCAAUGCCUUCUUUAUAAAGCAUCAGGGAAGCCUACUGGCCACAGCCCCGACCGUUCUAUUCUUUCACGGUAAUGCCGGCAACAUAGGCGACAGGCUUCCUCAUGCACAGCGCCUGUACAGUGAAUGCCACUGCAAUGUGCUGCUGCUUGAGUACCGAGGGUACGGGAGAAGCGAUGGGCGUGUCAGCGAGCAUGGUUUGACCAUGGAUGCUCAUGCAGGUCUGGACCUGCUGCUAGCGCGCACUGAUAUAGAUACGAAUAAGAUUGUUGUGCUUGGAGUGUCGCUGGGUGGCGCGGUGGCUACCAAGCUCGCCAGCUCGGCAGCAUGCCAGCGAAAGAUCAUGGCACUAAUUAUCGUCAACUCGUUCACCAGCAUUGCUGACAUGGGCGCGUGUAUGUUCCACUCAUGCAUUGCCAAGUUGCCCGGCUGGAUGCUUCGCAAUCGUUUCUCGUCGCGCGACGCUAUCCGUGAUAUCAAGGCGCCUGCCCUGUUUGUGUCGGGGCAGUGCGACCGAGUGGUUCCGCCGGCAAUGAUGCACACUCUGUAUGAAGCGUGCCAGUCGCGUAAGUUCUUCUUCUCCGUACCAGGCGGUGGGCACAACAACACCUUCCUUGCUCCAAACUAUAGCGAUGUGAUACGAGACUUCCUGGGUGCUGUGCAGGGUAUGAGUGCACCCAAUCCAUUGUCUGUAGUGAACAAUCCGGCUAAGUUUUCAUUCGUUGAUUACCAAGACCAACCGUUGCCGCCGACACCCAGCCACGAGCUGUCAAGAGGAUCAUUGGCUGCCGAUCCCAGUGUGGUAUAUGAUGUGAAUGCAGCCAGUCAGCCUGCGCACCGCCUAGUGUUAGACUCUGGUAUUGCCGAGACCGCAAGCAUGCUUCCUAGCAGUUCCUCCAAUCUCAUUCAAGAAAGUCAUGCCUGAAGUCUUGCUUCAAGUGCUAUGUCGUAUCGCACCACAGCCUUUCAUGCUGUGGAGCUAAUCAGCACUGAGAAUGAUUAGGUUAUCCUCAUUGAUUGCCCUUUGAGUACCUUGUUCCGUUCCGUUCCACCCUUUAUAUGAGUGUUCCAAGUUGUAUUCUAUUUAUUCCGAGUACCUUCACCCAAGAUCACGUCUAAUGGUACAAGAUGUCAGCCCCCUCCCUUGGCCUGGUAUCACUGGCCACUGGACUGUUGACGUGAUUAUCAUCCAUCUGUUAUUUGCAUGUGUGUAUCGCCUCGGCCUAGUAUCGUGGGAUUCUGUCAGGCCUGUAUGAAUCACUGUUUCUUGCUUUCGUUCACUGUAGUGACGCAAGACACAUGCAUGUACUCUGCUCAAGCAGCCCAAAUGUUCACUCUUAAUCAAGGUGGCACUUGUUAUCCAAAUCGUUUUAUUCCCUCGAGAAUACUUCCGCGUGCUUUUAAUUUUUAAUCACUCUAUUGCACACGUUUCGAAGUUCAUGCUUUAGAUGGGCUUAUUGUCACUGCACAUUUCGAGUGUCUAUUUUGCUCAAGUGUUGUCAUCUUUAUGUCGCCCUGCCAGAAUAUUAAUUUUCUGCCCUAUCCCAACCAGAACUAUACUGUCUAUAGCAUUGUUUUUGCCACGGCAUUUAUGAAACCUAGCUGGACAAGCCCUUGUUUA